AUGAUGUUUAAAUACUUUAUUCCUGUGUGGAUUGUUACGGUAACGGCGGCUAACGGUAAGUUCCACAAUUCUAUAAUUACAAUUUAAAUUCAAUUUUACGAAAUGAAACUCAAGGUGUGCGUUGUUACAGAAUACCUAAUUGACAAUGAACUGUGCAAAAUGCCGAAUUUCGAAGCGAUUUCGAACGAAACCCAUAAUAUUUUUACGCCGUUACCGUACGUAAAAUGCUCGGAUUUAGAUAUACUAACGUAUACGACCGUAGAAAAUAACAGAGCUUAUUUGCACAUCAACGAGAAAUACAUCGAUCAGUAUUAUUCGAUACAAGACAGUAUUGAUUGUUGUUUUAGUUACGUUAGAAGAAAUGGCACUGAUAGACACCCAGACGUCGGUAUUAGCGAGUCGUCAUGUAAACCGUUUAAUAAAUCGGUAUUUUUGGAAGAGAACAUUGCUAAAGUAUCGUGUUAUUUAGGAGCCGAUAAAAUAUACGAAAAUAUCCACGCGGUACUCACAGUACCGGACGCCAUAGAACAAAAAACCAAAACAUUAUUAACAAAUGCUAAAAAUAAACCCCUAAGCGUACUAAUAAUCGUCAUAGACAGCGUGGCCAGGCUGAAUUUCGAACGAACAAUGCCCUCUACCAGGACGUACCUGAUGGAAAACAACUUCAUCGAGUUUUCCCGCUACAACAAGAUAGCCGAUAAUACGUUUCCGAAUUUCAACGCGCUGCUAACGGGCCUCAACCCGAGGCAAUCGCGGAUCGCUUGCAAAGCGCGAACCGUCGGCGGAAUGGACCAAUGCCCGAUGAUUUGGUACGAUUACAGGGACCACGGCUACGCUACGGCGUACGCGGAAGAUUGGGCUAACAUAGCGACCUUCAAUUACAUGAAGAAGGGCUUCGAACGGCCGCCGACCGACUUCUAUUUCAAGCCCUACAUGGAGGGCGCGCAGAGCUUGCUGCCGAAGAUCCUCGACUCCAUGCCGUACUGCUCCGGACCGGUAACUCAGGGAGAAAGGAUCCUAAACGUCGCUUUAGACUUCGCGGAAACGUUCAAAAACCGACCCAGUUUCGGCAUUUUCUGGAUGAACACCUUCAGCCACAACUACAUAAACACCCCCAGCCGGAUGGACUGGGUCUUGCGCGAGUUCUUCCGAAACUUGAACACCAAAGGGAUCUUCGACGACAGCAUGGUGGUGCUUCUAGCCGAUCACGGCAUGAGAUUCGGACCGAUCCGGGAAACCGUGCAAGGCUGGUACGAGGAACGUUUACCGAUGAACUUCGCCAGGCUGCCGAGCUGGUUCGAGGAAAAAUACCCGCAGAAGAGCCGCAACUUCGCGGACAAUUCGCGAAAACUGACCAGCACGUACGAUAUGUACAUGACUUUGCAGGAUGUGCUGUCGAUGUCCGUCGAGGAAUAUGCGGUGAAAAAUAGUUCUGCUUGCUCGACUUGCUCGUCGUUGUUCUCGGGUGGGAUACGGGAGAAGCGGAGUUGCGGCCAGGCCGGUAUACCGGAGGAAUGGUGCAGUUGCAUGGGGAAAUUUCGCGAAGACCAUCCGAUUUUGACGGCGCAAUUCAUCGCAUCCGCCGUGAAACUCGUAGCCAAUUCGGAUUCGUUCAACGGACUAACGGUCAUUAAUAAAGUCUUACGAUCGAGUAUUACGGAACACAAAAGAUGGAUUUAUUUGUUACUCAUUGUAGAAACGACGAAUUCAAUCAAAUAUCAAGUAUUAAUAAAAGCUAAUAAGAGAACGUUGCAGUUUGUAAGGAUCAUACAACUUAUCAGGUUGCAUUGA